AGUGGGGGAAAUACCAGCAGCAACAACAAGGCCAUACAUUCAUGUGUUCCAUUGAAUAUUCACAUCUUUGUUUAGUUUAAACCCUUUCACACAUGCUGCAAACAUCUUUGUCUGCUUUCCCCACUGCCCGAGGAAGGAUAAAAAAGUCGUGUACUUCAAAAAAAUCUGAAGCUAGAGCAUCGAGAAUGGAAUUUAAGAAUAGAAAGUAGAGGCAGAAGAAAAUAAUGAAGAGAGGGGUGGAUCGGUGCGGUGUUUUUGAUUUUGUGUUUCGAUGUAGUUUAUUAGUCACAGUCAUCAGUGGUGGUUUUAUUACAGUACGUUGGAGUUGUUCCAACAUUCUUGGCACAUGUGAUGAGAACCCCCACAGACACUGGACUGAAUUAAGACACACAUGUAACACAGUAUGAGCGGCACUGGUUCUCUGACUGUUCUCCGGAACAUCAUACUGUACAAAGGGCUAAAUGACUUCAGGAGCCACAAACGUGUGCUCAGAGGAUCUAGGUCAAACUCUUCAGUCUCUGCAUAAAUCUGCUGACCAUUACAGUACAGUAGGAAUGACUAACACGCUGUGUGUCUCAGCACAACAAAAAGUUUAUUUGGUGAAUAUGACCAAAUCAGCUGCCCAUCACAGGACCACAGAUACAGCAGACACAAAUCUCUUUUCACACGUAUACAUUCACAAUUUACAUAAAUGUGUUUUUGGACUAUGACAUAAACUGGAGGACCAGGACAAAUCUAAAAGAUUAUUAUUUUUAUUUCUGUCUUUGGCGAUUCAGUGUCUAACAUGGCCUGUGUAUCAGUCAUUUGUAAUAACCUUAAAAAAUAAAGAUAUACAAUAGCUUAUAACACGAAAUUCCUAACUGAAAAAUCAACGCUAAAUGUCCCAAAAGUACAAAUUAAAUUAAUGUAAGCUGCCAUUAAACAUACACGGUGUUGAAUUUAGCGCCAUCUGAUGGUAGCAUAACAUGGCAGUAUCCAUAAACUCACCCUUCCUGCCCAGGCUGGAAAGAGAACUAAUGAUGGCCUUCAGUAAUGAUCUAAACACACAGUUAUCCAGUUCACUGAUGUGCAUAAUGUCAUGAGAGAGAAAAACACAAGGGUCCAACAAGGACACACUGUGGAUAAGAGACAAGAACCUGAUGUGAAUUAAAACCCUUUUUUAGUCUAGUUUUGACUGGAGACUUUUCAAAGGUUUAUAUUCCAUUCCUACAAAUAUAGUUUAUCAUGAAACAUUUGUACAGUAUCUCACUCCAUGACAUGGGGUUAAUGCCUGUCUGCAGUCACACAUGACUCAUGUCAGGACUCCCCUCUCCUCUGGGUCUCUGCUGUCGUCUGGAGUCACCGGUCACUGGUCAGAAACGUUACACAAAGCUGCGGUGACGCCACUAUUGGCUGUCUGGCAUAAGAGACAUGAAGCGGAAAUUGUAAGAAAAAAAAAACUCGUCUCCCUUUAUCUUCAGCGUUCUCUCCAUCCUGUCAGCCAGCGGGGUGGUUCAGUAUUUGUAGAGACAUCCCACAUCUCUGUGCGCACUGUGGCUCAUUACUGGAAAACAAAUGGGAUGAGACUUCCACAGAAGACCUCCACGGUGGUUUAUGAGGAGUUGCACGGGAUGAAAGACGAAAUGCUCUCCAAGAUCCACGGCGGAGCAGAGGAGAUGUCGGUGACGGCCGCCAGCCUGUUGGUGACCGCCGUGGCCAUGGAGAGUCCAAACUUUACGCACGGAUCCGUCUCUGUUAACGAAACCACUGCGCAGCAUUCGGAAGCGGCUGCUUUACAGACCGCGAUCUGUUUGCCCGUAUUCAUGUUUGCAGGAGGUGCCAUCGGUAAUUUAAUUGCAAUAAUCGUUCUUUCGGUGUCGAGACAAGAGAGAAAAUCGUCUGCCUUCUACACCCUGGUGUGCGGUCUGGCAGUCACGGACCUUCUGGGCACCUGUCUGGCCAGCCCACUCACCAUCGCCAACUAUCUGGACAUGCACGUGUUGAAGGACGAGCACGUCUGCGAGUUCCACACUUUUCUGCUGCUGUUUUUCGGUUUAACCGGGAUCAGUAUCAUUUUCGCCAUGGCAGCAGAGCGGUACCUGGCCAUCUGCUGUCCGUACACCUACCAGCGCUGGGGAGUGGACCGGCGCUUUGCUCAAAAGUUUCUGUUCUUCAUUUACAUGAGUCACAUCUUCUUCUGCUGCCUGCCCAUGAUGGGCAUGGCGAGGAGCGAGCUGCAGUCCUCCACCACCUGGUGUUUCAUCGACUGGAGGACCCAGGACCCGGUGUCGGUCACCUACUCCAUCCUGUACGGUGCCGUCAGCCUGCUGCUCAUCCUCGGCACCAUCGCCCUGAACCUGGGCGUGUGCGCGUCGCUGCUGCUGAUGAGGCAGAGGACGGUGCAGAGGCCUGUGACCAGAGUCAGUGUCCGGGAUAGGUGGAGGGCUCUGUCGUCGGCGGCAGAGACGCAGAUGAUCACGGUGCUGGUGUUGACCUCCGCCGUGGUUCUGGCCUGUUCAGCCCCGUUAGUGGUUCGUGUGUUUGCCAACAGCUUCAAGCUAAAAAAUGACCCUAAAGCUGACCUGGCAGCUAUCAGGAUAGCCUCCGUGAACCCCAUCCUCGACCCCUGGAUCUACAUUCUCCUGAGGAGGUCACUGUUUCGGCGGUUACUCAAUAUGUCCAGACGAGGCAGCCAAAAUCCCAGUAGUGUUCAGUCUUCUCCACAGAGGAAUAUGUUCUAUCCUGACAUCAUGAGGGACAGUCAUGUGAUCACGCAGCUCAUGUGCAGCGCAAACAUCAUCACUCAGAUUCCUACUACUGUCAAACUGGAUUCAUGUCACACAGAGUGUCUCCAGCAGACUUCACACACAGCGGACUGAGGACAUGUUUUACACUAAUGAGUUUUGGCUGCAAAUGCAGUGACACGGACUCACAGCUGUGUGUCACCAGUGAAGAGGUGAAAUCACGUUGAGGACACAGCGGGUCCUCGCAGAUGCUGCAGGAUACUGAGAAACUGAGGCUGAUACAGGAGUGAUGAGAAAACGGUCUACUGUCCGGAAAAGUCCGGAUAAUUUCUUGGAAGUUUUACCGUCUUUUGUCAUUUGUUCUGACCUGAAACAUACCUCGGUGAUAAACAGCUCUAUUCAAGGAGACUUUGGAGGAUUUGUGUCAAUGAUAUAUUCAGUAUUAAAACUUGCGUUGUGGUCAUGUUAACCAGAUAUUGUACCCCAGAUAAAACUACAAGGACAAUGAUUUAAGCUGCACAAAGAACUGACUCAAAGUUGCAGCCGAUCUGGGUUUCAGUGGAGUUGUCUUGUUUACAGAAGGACUGAGACUGGUUAUGUCGAAAGUCUUCCAAUAAAUGUGCAACUUAAUAAACAACUCGGAGUAAAUGAAUGAAUUAAAAUCCUAGAACUCAUGGAAGUCCAGUAUAGUCAAACCAUACAACAUUCAGAUCACCUAUUACACAGAAACACAGCAGUGUGAUUUACUUAGACAAUGUUUUAGUUGUUAACUGUUCUCUGCCUAUGAAGUGACCUCAGCUGAGGAUAAACGCAGAGGAACUCUACAGAAGACGCGUUCCUGUAUUUUACAUUUUAGCCACUAGGAGGCAGAUGGCACCUUAAAGAAGCUGCCAGCAAGUGCCCUAUACUGUGUUGACUACUGGACAUUCACAUUAUUUACAUUUUAAUUAUAUAUAGUAUUUGCAUGUACAGUAUACAUAAAUACAUAAAUACCCUCAGUAACCCGCAGGAGGCUCCAUGACCGCUUGGAAAAAGUCAUGUGCUGGCACUACAUUACUGUUCCAUAUAAAUUUGAUCUGUUUUAAAGCAUUUUAAGAGUUUUCCACAAAUUACACUCAUAGAUAUAGGUUUACAGAAUCGAGCCGUUUUUAGUUAAGCUAAGGCUAACGCAAUAACAGCCUGUCAUGACUAUAAAAUGGCUGACCUGGUGAAUAUGACUGCUUUGUACACAUCACAUACUUGUUUGUUUUACCUAAUUAUAAUUAUAUACCACACGAAAAAAGGU